CCUCCUUCAGUCAAUUGUCUGUUUGUUGACGUUUUCUGGAGUACAGCAGCAGCUAGUAACGGGGUCUGUUGUUUCAGUCAAUGGAGCUAACAAGCUAGCUAACGUAGAUGGGUUUCCGAGUGGAAAGAUGAUCGCUUCACUUUCUAGAGGAAGUUUGCUGGAUGAGGUUCUUCAUGGGGGCUUUAAUGAGCAGCAGCUGACAGCCUAUGUUUCCUGGGUGAACUGUCAGCUGAAGAGGAAACCCGACCUGAAGCCCAUCACAAACCUCAGACAUGAUCUGCAGGAUGGGGUGGUGCUCACUCAACUCAUUGAGAUAGUUGCUGGGGAAGUGCUGGAAGAAGUGUAUGUUGCUCCACAAAACAAAGAAGAGAGCAGGAAGAAUGUGGAGCAAGUGUUGCAGUUCAUUUCCUCCAGACACAUACGUAUGCCACACAUAUCCGCAAGAGACAUUGUCGAUGGUAAUCUCAAAUCAGUAAUGAGGAUCAUUCUGGCGCUGGCGGCCCACUUCAAACCUUCAGCCAAUCACAGAGCUGCUUCUGGAGGCGUGAGGAGUUUGACUCGAAGCUCCAGCAGCCACAACCCUCUCUCCCCCGUAGCGCUGGCUCAAGGGGCCGCUGCGGCUCUGGCAUCAGCUCGACAUGACGCCUCGCAGCCCGCACGCGCCAUACGUCUCCACAGCUGGGGGUCGGAUGCGGAUAAGAGUAUUUGUGUUCGUGCGCUGGUUAAGCAGUACGAAAGAGCAGCUCCGGAUGAUUCUGACAAUCCUCAGUCUAGCAGGUACUGCAGAUGUGAGUAG